AUGCCUGAGCAUCUCCAACCGCCCUCAGCCCCGAAAGCCCCGACCGGCCCCGGUAGCUCCGACGAAGACCAUGAUAAUCUUAGACUACUAUCCCGCUCGCCGCAUCCCUAUCACAAGUUGAAUACCGAGCUCCUCGAACCUUCAGACCGCAUCACGAAGCCGCGAAUCACUAUCGGUGACGGCCACAGCAUCGCCGAAGACUCGGACGCAGCUCCUCCCCGCCCCUUUCCCGUCUUUACAAGAGACUCGCCGCUCACCAGCGAGAGUGGCACCGAGGCCGACGAUGAGCAUUUCCUUAAGGGACUCCCGGCCCCGAAGGCCCGAGCACACAAAGGAUUGAGGGGCAGGAAUGAACCACUCUCGGGAACCUCCACACCGUUGCUCUCGCCUUCAGUAUGGGAAGAGGAGGGUCGGAAGACACAUUCGGGCUCUGGCCAUAGUGGGCAUGAGCGUGAGAAGAGGGCCGUAGCCGAGAGGCUUCGCCGCCGCAAGGAGCUAAUUCGGAGGGCGACCGAGGUGCUGCUUCUGAUAUGGCAGGGAGGGAUGGUUGCUUCGAACUCCGAGGCCCGAUCUUUCAUUCACUUAUACCAGAAAGAAUUUUUAGCCGUCGGCGGUUUGUUCUGCGGCCUGACUGUGGCUUACCCCUUGAGGUUGGUGAGCUGGGCUUAUCGUCAGGGGAAGCCUCAGAGGCUCAUACCGAUCCGCAUUCCCGCCUCCUUUGAUCCUGCGCCGGUUCUUUAUCCCCCGGUAGUGCCCGUCCUCGUGUCCCUCCUCAUCGCCGAGAACGUCAAGGGCGCCAUUCUACCGAGCCUCGUCCUCAGCAUUUGCGCCCUACCAAGACCGCUGAUCCCGGGCGCACGGUACUGGGAAACUAUCAGCUGUACGCAUUGGCUGUUGUCGUGUAUCCCUUUUACGCUAUAUGUUCUUAUUCCUACGGCCCAGGCGUUUCAUGAGGGCGACAUCUCGCGGGAAGUCCUGGUCUUGCUCUACCCGUUACAUCAAACACUAUGCAUUGCUUUACACCAGCUUACAACAACUAGUCUUUUGAUUUCUGAGCUUCAACUUCUUUCGGUUGCUCUUAUUGGCCUUCUUUUGUUGGCCAGCUCACCCCAAGCUGUCAUUCUAAAAGCAGUGCUCUGGGGAGGCGGCUUGGGCCUCGCAGUGUUUUGCAGCCAGGUGAUCCAGUGGGGAAUCUUGCUCGCUCGCGUACCGAAAUGGCGCUUUAGACGGGCGUACCCUUCGACGAGGAGUGAGUCUGGUUAUCAAUUGCUACGCCAACUCUUGCCUUUCGGGCGGCGCCGUUCUGGCUCGAGAGCGAGUAACGGCAGCGCUGUAUCCGACACAGAGCAUUCAAUGGAUGAAUAUCUCGACGGCUUACCCUCCUCGCUGCCCAAGAAGGCCAGACAGGCAGACACCGUUAGCGAUGCCGAGCUCAUGCCGGCUACGCCUUCGGGUCUAACCAAGGUCCAGUCGGACUCGGUGGAGUUAUUACAACAAAGCCCAACCCGGCGACACACCCUACCUACCACGGCAAAGUCGCCUGGCCGUCCCACAGUGACAACCACUCCCUCAGGCCGCCGGAAGCGCGCCGUCUCAACCCGAGUCCGCGCCCUUUUCUCCCUCACCCAAACACAAGCCACCGUCCGCAAGUGGCUCUAUGCCGGGUAUGUCUACCUCUGCAUCCUCCUCGUCAUCUUCGUCGGCAUCCGCCCCUACGUCCAGUACUACGCCCUCUCAGGCCACGAACCAGUCGGCUGGGCUCUAGGCUACCUCUUCGGCGAUAUCCCGCAAUUCCGCUUCCAAAUCGUCAAAGCCAACCUCGAGCGCUGGAUCCCCCUCCCCGCUCUUCUCUCCAGCACCAGCACCGACCCCCCACCAACCAACUGCACCCCAAGCGACGGCUGGGUCCAACACACCCGCCUCAGCUCCCUCGGCGCCGCAAACACGCGCCUCUUCCUAUCCGGCUACUUCCUCCUCACCAUCCUCACCGGCCUGGCCAUCGUCUUCCGCCUCUCGCCCAUCUACGAAGUCGACACGCGCCGCAAAGUCUUCCACUUCAUGAUGGUCGCCAUGUUCCUGCCCACGCUCUACAUCGACCCCUGCUACGCCGCCCUCGCCCUCGCCCUCGUCCUCGCCGUCUUCCUCCUCCUCGACCUCCUGCGCGCCAGCCAGCUGCCCCCGCUCUCCCGCCCCAUCGCCCGCUUCCUCACCCCCUACGUCGACGGCCGCGACCUCCGCGGGCCCGUCGUCAUCAGCCACAUCUUCCUCCUCAUCGGCUGUGCCAUCCCCGUGUGGCUGAGCCUCGCCUCCCUGCCCCGCGUGGCGGCGAUACCCCCCAUUGAUACCGCCACUGCGACUGGCACUGCAAAUGCCGGGUGGGAGGUCCCCGCCCGCGAGGUGGGCAUGGUGUCGGGCGUGGUGUGCGUCGGGCUCGGCGACGCCGCCGCCUCGCUAGUCGGUCGUCGAUGGGGUCACCGCAAGUGGCUGUGGGGAGGCGGCAAGAGUGUGGAGGGGAGUGCUGCGUUUGCGGCGGCUGUUUUUGCGGGGCUGAUGGGCGCGGCGCUGUGGUUGAGGGUCGGAGGGUGGGCUGUUGCUUCUGCUUCUGGGAUAAGGGGAGGUGGGGGUUCGGGUUCGGGGAUGCACAGUCUCAUGAGAAUAGAUUAA